CUGAGAAUCACCAAAACACUGUUGAAGUUGUUACACUUUCUGAAUCUUUCCCAACAAAAUUUCAAUCUAAAGAUGUAACUUUACUUAAUGAAUUAAAUAGACAUGAAGAGGGUGAGAUAGCAGGAGAUUGUAAGGAACUGUUAGAGCAUAUGGAUUUGAAUGCCGCAGGAAUUAAAGUACAGUCAACUUACAUUUCUUCAUCUGAUGAAAUAACUGAUAAAAUUAUAGUUCCUGAAAAGGAAAUACAAUCUGAAGAUAAUGUUACAAAAUCCACUGUAAACACCAACAUUUUUUCAACUGUUUCUGAACUCAACCUUGGUGAAACAUUACAAAUUGUAUCAUUGUCUCAGAAAACUGAUAUUCCUUCAUCUGAAGAAAUAACUGAAAAAAUCAUAGUUCCAGUUUCAAGCCAUGCAGAAGAAAUACAAUAUGAAGAAAGUGCUUCAAAAGCCACUCUAAACGUAGCAAAUUCUUCGAAUUUAUCUGAACCCAUCCUUGGUGAAACUUUAGAAGCUUCGUCCUCUUCUCAAAAAACACUGGAACAACAAACAGAAAAUAGCAAACUACUCCAUGAUGAAAGUAUUGAUGUGAGCACUGAAGAACAAGAGGCAAAAUUAAGUUCUUUAUCAGAAGUUGCAUGUACAGAAAAUGCCCUUUCAGAAGUUUUAAAAAGUGGUAUAUCAUCUGAAAGUAAGGAUAAUUAUAAUGAGAUACUAGGAAAUGAAGAACUUACUAUUCCAAAUUUACCAGAGCUUAUCUGUGAAAGAACCAACAUUCAUCAGAAAUUUGAUGACGAAAUACAAUCUGACACAAUGAAAUUUUCAGAAUUGACUUUGAAUGAAGUUGCAGAACAAAAAACCAAUGAUGAGUCUUCACUAUUUAAAUGUGACAUGGUUGGAUAUGUAAAGAGAACUGAUGAAAAUUUAUUUCAAAACUCAAGUCACAAAGAAGUUGAAAUCUCCCUGAGUAUGGAAAAAAAUCUAGACCCAGCUGACAGUAUACAACUCACAAAUUCUAGUUUGUCUGAGGUUCUCAGUGAGACCGAUCUUGGUCAGAACAGAUUGGAGAGAGUUGAAUCUGGAGGUAAUAUGUUUUCAGAAUCAGCUUUAUGUACAAUUGAAGAAAAAUUAAAGGAUCAUCACUUACCAUCUGAAUUACCAGAUGAAAAAGAGGAUUGUAUCAAACCAAACAAUUCAAUAGUUGAUAAUGAUGUGGUAACUAUUCCCCAAUCUGAGAAUAUAAUUAUUCCCUCAGAAGUAAAAACUGUACCUGUUACCACUGAUGAAAAGUUGAAUUUAGUGUCAUGUGAAGAAGAAAUGGAUUUUGAAACCAAAGAGAGCUAUUCUGAGUCUACAACUAUUUUAGAUGAACAAAUGAAAGAACAUAUAAAAUCAGUAGAUAUUGAUGAAAACAGUGAUUUAAAUGAAAUUUCUAUAUCAUCACAUAAAGCACUACAAGUGACAGAGAACAAAGAAGCGUUGGGGGUGAAAGAAAUUGAAUUGAGUUCGCCCAGUAUCAACUUUAUGGAAAUUCCAGUUUGUGUUGAGCAAACAACUCUGGAAAAUCGUGUAGAAUUGUCAGAAGUAAAAAAUACAAAUAUUGAAGAAGAAUUGUAUGACAUUUCAACUAAAAAAGAAAUAAAUCAUAAAACUAAUGAAACCUAUUCUGAGCCAUCAACCAUUCUAGAUGGGGUACUUAGACAAGAAAUACUAAUUGAUAAAAACUGUAGUUUAAGCACAAUAUCUACAGAAUUGGCUCAAACAAAUUUAGACAUCACAGACACCAAAGAAUUCUUCCCGCAAAGAGAACUUCACUCGUCUAAUAUAAAAUGUACAGAAGGUGUCCCUUCUUGUGUUGAGACUGCAGAACAAGUAGAUAUUAUAAAUCAUAAGCCUGUUGAAAAUACUGUUAACAUGAACAGUGGUGAGAAAGUCACUUUACGACAAAGUAGAGUUGAUUGUAAUAUAUUAGAAAUACGUGGAAAUGAUCAUGCAGUUGAAAAAGAAUUCACUGAAGUUCACAAUGUAAAUUGUGAAACAAGUACAAAAGGUCUGGAAGAAGUUACAUCCUUGCAUGAAACAAGUGAGUCUAAGGAUUCUUGUAAUUUUGCUCCUCCAAAUGAUUUUGCAAACACAGAAGUUAAAAGUGAUCUAAAAUCACAAGCCAUUACAGAGUUUGAACAUAACAUUUCUACUCAUAAUCCAAUCAAAAAUUCUUUAAGUGAUGAGGCGCAAAUUGAUUCAGUAUCGAUCAGUAAGGAAAGGCAUAAUAAUCCUGUAAUGAUAGAACAUGUUCUAGAAUCUGAAAACUCAUUGAAGAAAAUACAUACUGACUCAAUACAAAUUGAAGAAGCGAAUAUUGUAGUGGAAAAGAGUUCAGAAAUUCUUGACACUGACAUUAGUGUUGUUAAUACAGAGACAGGUGUUUUGAAAAUGUCAUCAGAUUCUCUUAACUCAACUGAGAAUAAUAUUUUGGUCUCAAAUUCUGUCGAAGUAACAGAAUCUGGUAUAUCCGUUCAACAAGACAUCACUUGCAGUGAUGAAAGUUUGAGUAGAAGUUUUAGUUGUACUUCAAGCAAUGAUAAUGAAGCAAACUCAUCGUUUUUAAAUACAAAACAGUCAUUAGAAGAGAUGGAAAGCAAAUUAUACAGCGAGUUUACUCUAACAAAUCUUAAGGUAGAUCAAAUUCUCAGUAAGCAUGAACCAAUAGAGUCACUUGCGUCAAAGCUCAUCAACAGUCCUGCAACACAAUUUGACGAAAAAGAGUAUCGUAAAACACCAAAGUCGAAAUCUCCAGGAUACAAAACUAAUAAGUCUAAAUCACCUCCUAAACGAAGCCUUAUCAAAGAUUUCAAAACUUCUUGUGUCACUGAUCCGUCUAACUCCAGAGAUGACAACAUUGAGAUUUUUGUUGCCAGUGAAAAACUGGAUGUUACUUUUGAUGCUUUUGAUGAAAGAUUAGCAGAGGAAGCAGCCAAUGUAUCGGAACACAUUCUGAGUCUGUCUCAUGAUCUUCAAGAUUCAGAUUCAGAUGGAGAGAACAAUAGAACUGUUAUCACAUUAAAUGAGGAGAAGAGUAAAGUUGUUGGUCAAUCUUCAAAUGUGAUAGUGAGUGCAUCACCAUCUCUGCUCUCGUCACACAGAAUCUCUUCAAGAGGAGAAACUAUAAUUCUAGAAACACAACCCUUUGUUGGCGUCAACACUGCAUCAUUCGAGUCUUAUUUGCAGAGUAUGCGCUCGGUACAUCCCACUGACCUGAACCAAAGUGAAGCCGGCCCAAUCACUGCCGAUGAACUAAGCACUCAGGACUUGGAGUUCCAGGACGGAUCCAACUUGGACUUGGACUACUUCACUCGAGGUAGUGAGACCGACACUGUAGUGAAGAGCUCAUUGACACGUGACUCACUCUAUGUUAAGUUUGAUCCUAUAGUUGGUGCAAUAGUGUCCAAAACUGUUAGUGACUCAUUUGCCAUGCCACCUCCACCUGCUCCUGCCCCGGAAGGGGAGACUAAUAACAGGGAGGAACAGCUUGAAUCGCAUCCUGAUGAGCCAAAAGAGGAUAGCCUCGUGCAGGGUCAAGGUGAACCCCAAAAGACACCGGGUCGCAGUCCAGCACUGGAGGCUGUGCAGAAGUUAAUCUCUCUGACCCCACCAUCAGCCUCGUCAGGGACACCAGUCAAGAUCCCAUCGGCCACACCUGCAAAAUCUAUUUAUGACAAUGUUUGUUACUUGGGUUGGUGUCCACAUGAGCGCGGCUCGGUGGGAGGAUUGAACACAAACACUCCAUCACCCCGUAUCUCGCAGGAGCACCUGCAGAGGGAGUUGAACAAGCUUGAGGAGCUUUUGAUGAGUCAGGACAUGUCUCACAAGGGAGAAUUGGAGAAGAAAGAUGCAGAGAUAAAGAGGCUGACUGCCAAGCUCUCUGAGAUGGAAGCAGGAGCAAAGGCACUGACAGAGCGGGAAAUUAGGCUCAAGAAAGAGGUACAGGAGAAGACCAAGAGCAGGCAACAGCUCAGUUUGGUAAUGGAAGAGUAUGAGAAGACAAUAUCUCAGUUGGUGGCCCAGAAAGAGGAAGAAAAGAAAGAGUCUGAAGUGCAAAAAGAAUUGUUGAUGAAGGAAAGGGAUACUGCAAUGCAGCACUUGAACAACAUGGAGAUAGCUUUCAAUGAUGUGCAUCAAAAAUAUGAACGCAGUAAAACUGUGAUUGAGGGGAUGAAAGCAAAUGAAGAUGUUUUGAAAAGGAGUUUGGCCGAAUAUGAUGAAGCAAUAAAAACAGCCAAUUCAAAAUACGAAUCAUUGAAAAAUCACGCCAUCCGCCAACUAGAAACGGCUAAUCAAGAAUUAGAUCUGAUACGUCGCUCACACCAAGUGGAACAAGCAAAACUGAAAGCCAUGCUGAAGAAGGCAGAAGUCAGAGUGACCUCACUGGAAGAAUCUCUUGAGCAGAAGUCCAAGGAGAAUCAGGAGUUGGCAGCUAUCUGCGACGAACUGAUCAACAAAGUGGGCAGUGGUACCAACUGAACAGUACCAACAUUCCGCGGCAGCCAGCAGUGAUGUGUCCGAUCUAGUCUACCGCGUCCAAGCUUGUACUUAGAAGUUAACUGCUCGCUUGUAAUAUUCUUGAGUGAUCUGUCGUCUAAUAUUGCCUGCUAGUUGGACAGAAAAGUGCAAUGCAGACAUGUGCAAAAGUUUCCAAUUGUGUAUAGAAGUGUAUAAUUUUUAGCUGCUGUACAGAGUUGUUAGGUGGUGGUCUCCUAAGUAAGGUUGUGUCACUUGGCAUUUUCUUGCGCUGGCAACAAAAUAUUUUUAUAUGUAUUGAUUCAUAUUAUUGUAAUUUUGUAUAAACACAUACUUAUUAAAUAAUAAUACCUAAUGUUUGUAAUAAUUUUAUUGAGUAUUUAGUAAGCUGAUAUUAUACAGUUCUUUUUUAUUA